AUGCCGAAAAGCGGCACGGAGUAUACGAAGAAGGAUACGAUGCGGCUACUGCAGAGGAAUAGCCGAAUUCAGCCGGAAGAACAAAUGGCCACCGAGAAAGAUCCCUGCGUGAUUCCCAAAUUAUUACCCCUAAAGAUUGCUAUAUUUUUCGUAUACGGAGGUAUGGCGGCACUCUAUCCUUUUUUUACCCUGCAUAUGAAAAGUAUUGGAAUUAGCCUAUUGGAAACAGCAAUAAUAUCCUGUUUGUUGCCACUGUUGAGCUGCCUAUUCGUUCCGUUCAGCGGUAUAGUGGCUGAUAAAAUCGGUCACUACAAAUGGACCCUUUUGGGAUUUAGCAUUCUGCAUAUAAUAUUUCAUCUGCUCAUCCCGCUGGUUCCAACCACCCGCUUGAUUACAAAAAAUAGUCCAACGCACAUCAGUAGCGUCGGUAUUGAAUUCCACUGUCAUGAUCAGCAGAAUGCCGUCUUCUAUGUGCCCAAACGUAAUGUGGUCAACUGCGACAACGGUAACCUGACGGUGACCUAUAGUGAUCACGGUGAUAAUGAGCUGCAGAUCGAGGAUUGUUGGACGGAUUGUCGAAGCGCACGAUCUGUUCCCAGCGUCUGCUUCUUUGCCGCCACCGGAAACGAUCACUAUUGCUCCAAAUGGGAUGAGCUGGAAUUGCAGGUGUUUAAAAAUAUGACCUUUCGAAAAAUGUUCGAUGUCGAACAGACAGAUCAAAAUCGGUCAAAUUCGAAUUGGGAAGUCCUGGGAUUUCAUAAUGAUGAAGGCUACGCGAUCAAAGCAGCAAGGUGUGUCCGUGGGAAAAAUGGUCGACGGCGACGCAAAGACGCGGAGUGCUCGGUUUUCUGUCAAGCUACAACGGCCAAUUCGUUCACAUGUACGGAAACGUUUGUGGAAGGCAGCCAUAUACUGACAGUUUCCAUGUAUUUUGUCCUCCGUUUACUGGGUUUGGUGGGUUUGACGGCUGUCUUUAUAAUCAUAGACACCAUAACCUUUCGACUGAUACUGAAUUAUGCCAGUGCCACGUUUGCUAUGCACAGGAUAUUUGCCUCCAUUGCUUUUGUGUGUUUUCCGCCAUUAUCAGGAUAUUUGAUUGAUGUGUCCAGCCAUAAAGGCCGUAAUGACACAGAUCGGUUUAGCGCAUCAGAUUUCACUCCGGCAUUCAUUUUGUUCGCAUCUUCGGCAGCGGCGGGUGCGCUGGUGCUUUUGUUAAUCGAUAUGCCGGCACGAUCGCCACAAAAAAAUGUCUGGCGCGAUGUUAGCAAGGCGAUAAAAAAUCUCCAAGUUGCUGCAGUAUUGUUUGUCAUGUGUGCGGCAGGAAUGGGAGAAGGUUACAGUACCAGCUUUUUGUUUUGGUUUUUGGAAUCAGAACUUGCCGCUUCGAAAGUUCUUCUGGGCAGUGGAACAGCCGUGGCGAAUUUGUUAGCUAUUCCAGUAUUUUUAUUGUCGAACAAAAUUAUUGAUUGGAUCGGACACUCGAACCUGCUGGUUAUUGGGCUUCUUUUAACGAGCACAAGAUUCCUGUGCUAUGCCGCGCUGCCCAGCGCUUACUGGUUUCUCGUUGUGGAAAUGAUGUCUGGAAUAACAACGGCAAUCAUAUAUCUUGUUCCGGUCCACUAUGCUCAGACUGUAAAUCCCAUCUAUGCUGCUUCGCUGCAAGCUGUCGUCACAGCGGUAACAUUUGGUUUAGGAAGAGGUUUGGGAUCGUUAGCAGGCGGCUAUGUCAUCACGGCGGUUGGCCACCGAAUGUCCUUUCAGAUUUUCGCCUUAGCGUUUCUGAUAGUAGCUAUAAUUUACGUUUUCAUGGACUACUGUUUCUUUCGCAAUCGACAGGCAGGAAAGAAAAAGACAGCUCCUUUACCAUUCAUGGAGAUUGUGCCAUCGGUGCCACACACCAAUUCCCGAACAAGCGAUCUUUUUAUCAGUGACAACGUGUCGGCUGUAUUAAAUUUGUAUAAAGAAUGCGAGCCACCAUUAGCGGAUUUCGAUGAUGAGUUGUCUGAUAUAGAUUCUGCCGAUUCGGACAGUGAUUCUGACAAUUAUGUACACAUUUAAAUGGUUCUUUGUAACCGAACCGAUUUAUUUCUUAACCACAGUACCAA